AUGAAAUGUGAUCUUCUUUCAAGAUGUGAUGCAACAAACAUAAUACUCAACAUUUUCAAGUUUUAUAACUGAAAACUACCGUAGUAGAUUUUUCAAACUGUCUAAAAUUAAUAAAUAAAAAUGAUGUUAUUGACUAUGAAAACAAUUUAAUUAGUGAGUAUUUAUAAAGGAAUGUAAGAUAUUUGUUAAUUAAAUUAAUAAUAUUAUUUAAAUUAAUUUUUAAUAUUGUAUCAAGGUCGCUGCAGUUUCUUUUAAAGAAAACCAAUAUUCCAUAGUAUUUCCAACACCAUUAAUACACCGUGAUGAUUUUGAUAAUAAUAUAAUCACUGAUGAUUUUGAUAGUCAUGUUAUUACUUUUGAUAAGUUUAAUUCAGAACAUAAUUUGUUUAUUGUAAUGUGAGACUAGGGGUUAAUAUUUUCAUCAUUGUGUACAUGGCAAGUUUUUUAGAAAUUCAGUGUGCUGCUUGUUCCACUGUAUUGGUACCUGUUAUAGAUGGUCCAGAGCCUUUUUGAGUAUGUAUAUCUUUCCUGGAAUCUUAUCCUUCUGGCAUGUUCAUGAAGAUAUUUUUUUAUUAGUUUUCAUCUAGGCAGUCUUCAUAUUAAAAAUCAUGAUCUUCAUUUUUCUUUGAGCAGUCAAAAAUUUCAGAAUUUCGCUGACAGUCCCUAGUCCUACCACCAAUCUUGUUUUAUGUUUUCAUCGUCAUUUAUCUUAAUAAUUCAUCCACCUGUAACAAUUUCUUUUCCACUUGCAUAAUUUUCAUCCACUAUUUAUUAUUUUUUUCAAAAACUGCUUUUAGCCUUGAUUUUUGCCAUUCUUGUUUUUCAGGAAUUUUCUUGCAUUCUGUGUAACACGAGAGCUUUAUUAUCAUUAUAGAUUACAUAAUUUUUGAGUUUUAGUGGCAGCUUUCUUUGUUUUUUUGGUUGUUACAUGACAUGUUCUUGAUGUUCUCUAUCUUGUUCUUGAUUUUUAGUUCCUGAUUCUCCAUCAAUUUCACUUUCAGUGUCUCCUGUGUCUACAGUGUGUAAUCGUUCGUUGGAAAUAUCCUAUAACUGCACAUAUUAAAUAUAUUUGAAUUCUAUUUAUUGGGUACCUAACAAACUUUGUCACACACAUAUUAACUAAUUAAACUAUUUUUAUGCUAUUUAAUUUCACGCAUGCAUACAGCAAAUUUUUGUAUAUGGAAAUCUUUUUUUUUGGGUAAUUAUUUUCAGUCUUAUUUUUUUAUGAAUUUAAAUGGUCAAACCAACUUUCUAUGUUAAAAAAUAACCGAGUUAUGAAUAUUUAAAUGUUUGGUAUUAUUUGUUGAUAUUUUUGAAUUAUUCACCAAUUUGAUUUUUUUACACCUCAUAUCUUCUAGGGCUAUUUUUAGUACCUACUAUGGGGGAGGGAUAAUCCUCUUUCUCUACUGAAACUUACUUUUUUUUUGUAAUUUGUCUCUUAAAAUUACAAUUAUAAUUACAACUUAUAUCAAACGUGUAUAUAGCCAUAACUUCGCUAUUUUUUAAUAUAGGAAGUUUUUUGUCCAUUAAAAUUCAUAAAAAAAUAAUCGGUCAAAAAAAGGAGUGGGUUGUUGCCAUUUAAUAAAGGUUGUUAUGCACUUAAGCAAAAUUAAAUAUCAUCAAAAUAGGUUAAUUAGUUUCAAUUAGUUAGUUUAAUAAAUGUGUUGCAGUGUACAAACUUUACUCCACGUGCAAUUUUCUAGGUAGGAGUCAAACAGUCUUGUUAAUAAGAAUGCUGUUUAUUCUUUCUGAUGUGCAACUGUGUUGAAGAGUGUAUGCUAAAGUGUAGUUUAAAACAAUUUCUUUAUUCUUGCACCAUGUUUUAAAACAGUUGCUGCUGUACUCACCUAUAUUAUCACAACUUAUUUUGGAUGUCUUUAAAUUGAAAUGGGUUUCAGAUUCAUUUAUGAACUCUUUCAAACAUUUUUGAACUUCAUUCUUUUAUUUCAGCUGAUACACUUUCAAAAAAUGAGAAUUCAAAAUUGCCAUUUAUGUUGUAGCUGAUAUGUCCAAGCUUCUUGUGCCAAUUCUCUAUGAUUCUUGAAGUAGCAAGAGCUUUUUAGUGUUUCUUGAGUUUUCUGUAUUCACUAAAUAGAGACUAUUGUUAGUAUUGUAUCCUUGUAACAACACUCCAUUAUUAUUGAAAAUAUAAACUUAAUAUUUGUGAACAAGAUUUCUCCAUCAUGCUCAAUGAUUGCAUUUACUGACACAGAUUUCUGCUCAGUUCUGAUACAUAUUAUGUAACAUUAUUGUAAAUAACAUCAUUUAUUUAAAUAAGUAAUAAGUUCAUCUAUUAUAUCAUGUUUUGUCACAUUUAUUAUCACUGGUUCUUGUAUUUUUGCAUUCAGGAGAAUGAUUUCUUGAUUUGCUAAAUAAGCAUUGCAUGCAUUAUCAACAACAAAUUCACCUUUAUUGAAAUCAAUUAAUUAUUUUCACUUAUAUGCGUUUCAGUAAGAAAACUGACUUUCUUUUUUGAUGUCUUUAUUUUUGAAGUUGGAGAAGUAGUUUUCCUUUGUGAAAUUUGUUUUCUUGCAAAUGGUACAAAGUGAAAACAGUUUGUUUUUCUCGUCUUUCUCCUUGAAAAAACAGUUCUCUUAUGGGUGAUUUCUUUCCUUACAGAUUCGGCAUGGAAGAUUCUGAUAAAAUAAUUGUGAUUUUUUUUGUCAUGAUUAUUCUUUAUUAUUUUUCUUAGAUUUUUGAAAAUUCUUUUUGAAAACCUUUUAGAAGAUCUACUUUCUUUGAUAAUAUAGACUUUAAAAUAUCAAGGUUUUUGUUCCUACCUGUAGUAGAAUCCCAGGCACUUAUAAAAUAUUUAUACUUAUCUGAAAGAAUAGUUAUGAUUAAGGCUCAGAACUUAAUGCACUUAAAAUCCACAAAUAAGGGCUUCAAGCCAUUAAAAAAAAAACCCAAAAACCUUUGAAACAAAGCACUUUUAGCAUAACAAACAUUAUUAGACCAUAUUGUAGAAGGUUUUAAAUAUUCCCUGUCUAACGAUUCUAAAUUAUUAAAUAUAAUUUUCUAACACUACAAAAAUUAUUAACAAAAAAUUAUUUUGUUUGAAUAAAAUUGUAUGUAUUUGAAAAAAAAAAUAACGUUGGGUAAACUUUAAUUUUGUAGUGUUAGAAAAUUGUAUUAGAUAAGUUAAAGCCGUUAGAAGAGGAACAUUUAAAUCUUUCUAUCGUUUUUCAAAUAUUCAUCAAGUGCUUUUUUGACGUUUUUAAGUGGUUUUUUAUGGAUUUUAAGUUCCGAGCACUAGUCAUGAUUUCUGUUAUCAUCGCUAAUAUUUUUUCUUGUAGUUUUCAGCCUGAAGACAAAUAUUUUGAACGAACCUUACGUUAGUCAUAACAUCACGUAA